AGAUUCAAAUACGGAGUGUCUUCUCCCCCCUGAGUGACGUCAGACCUCGCCUACUUCUCCCGCACAGCUGAAGGCAAAACAGAUAACGGAAAAAUAAUCCAAGAGGAAGAAGACAAGGUCCAGCCCCGCUCCAGACCAGUCGAUUAUGUGCUGCUAAGGUUUUUCCCGACCUGCUAGUUAAAAGCGAUGCGUUUGGGUGCUGGAGGCCGCAGUACCAUUUGCAGAGUGUGCGUGGGGCGGCUCCGCUCCGUCUUCCCGAGCACCCCUCCCAGCAUGGGAUGCCAGCCCCCGGCCCUCCAGCCCUAAGCUCUCCUGGGGCACCAUGAACAGCUACAGAGACAGAGGGGUAACGUGCACCUCCUCAGACCUUCUAGAUGGAGGAGGAGGAGGGUUGCCCCAGCACACUCCAUUUCGUCAUACCCCCAACGGCCACCCGGCUCCGGGUCCCACAGAUCCAUCAUUCCAGACGCGCAUCUCUGUGCCAAAAAUGGGCGUCCGUGCACGGAUCGCGGAGUGGCCUCCACGCCGUGCACAAUCCCAGGAAUCCCUGCUCGAAAACGGGCAAACUGGCAGCAAUCACUACGAUGACAGCUCGACUUCGUCCUCAGUCCUGUCGUCCGACGUCAGGCUGGUGAGGGGAGGAGUGGCCCGACUACCCCGACGACGGACAAAGGAUGUGGAGUUCAGGGGAGGGUUUGCUGGUGAGAGGGGCUCACCCCUAAACUUUAGGAUGUUCCCACCUUUGAGACAGCGCUCCAACAGUGAGGUGACACUGAGCGAGCAAGAUGAAAAUGAGGUGGAAAGUCACGGAGGUGGUGGGAUGGGGAACCGCUUCAGGGAGUACGGCAGCACUUCUUCCAUUGACAUCCAGGGCAUUCCUGAGCAGAGCUUCUUUGACAUGCUGAGUCAGUUCCACCAGGAGAGGCCUGACCAGCGCAGCUCGGCGCCCGUCCGCCUCGGCGAGCUGCUGCGCGCCCCAGACUCGCCGCCGAGCGCGCCCCUGCCCUCUGCCCCAUCACCUGGUCCGGCCGGUGGGGAGGACAGAGGCACCGGAAGGAAGGACGGUGCUGAGAGAGUGAGGAAGAAAAGCGGAGGAACAGAGUCAUCGCUGGGCACCUCCUCUUUGUUCCGUAAACUCCGAAGCUCUAGCAGAGGGGAGCUGGACGGGGGAAAAGGAGAGUCCAAUGAAGACAGGGGUGCGCGAGGUCUGUCAGAUACCCCUUACAAACCGUGGGUGUGUCCCAAGAGUUUUGUCCAUUUUGAUGCUCAGAGCAUCCUAUUCGACCUUCACGAUGCGGCGGCCCAGCGGGGCUUCGUUACCCAGCGGAGGAACACUGCCACAGGGGCCUCGGCAGCCUCAGUCGUCUCCAGAUCCUCGGCUCCCAGUGUCAACGAGCCCAUUUAUUCCAGCAUAGAAGAUCUGACCCUGAACCUCGAUCAGGGUUCAACACCAGCCUCCCUGGCCGUGGAGCAUCUUGAAGGGCCGGGAGCCCAUAGCACAAGUCCUCUCCUCCUCUGCUGCCCCCACUUCCUAAACGAGACGGGGGGCCACAGAGAGCGAAACAUCAGCUUCCUCAGCUCCUCAGCUGAGCGGGGAGGAGACGGAGGAGGAGAGGGAGGAAGAGUGGGGCUGAGGAAGAGCAACGCUAGCCUGUCGGUGCUGGAGAUAGCAGUUGAGCAGCAGGUGAAGAGACUGGACAGACUGAAACUGUACAGCAUAGAGCACGUGGACCUGGGUGCCCGGUACUACAGAGACUACUUCCACGGGAAAGAGCACUCAAACUACUUUGGGACGGACGAAAAGCUGGGCCCUGUGGCCGUGAGCAUCCGCAGGGAGAAAGUGGAAGACACCAAAGACCUGAAGGACCAGUACCAGUACCGGCUCAUCCUCAGAACAAGCGAGCUUGUGACCCUGCGAGGUUCUAUCUUGGAAGACUCGGUAGCGUCUACGGGGAAACACGGCACGGUUCGCGGUCUGCCGCUCAAAGAGGUCCUGGAACAGGUCGUUCCUGAGCUCAAUGUUUCCUGUUUGAGGCUGGCGCUUAGCACAGCCAAAGUCACUGAGCAGCUCCUGAAACUGGAUGAACAAGGGUUGAGUCAGAAGCACAAGGUGGGUGUUCUGCUGUGCCGCGCGGGCCAGAGCACCGAGGAGGAGAUGUACAACAACGAGGAGGCAUCACCCGCCUUCUCUGCCUUCCUGGAGCUGCUCGGGGAGCAGGUGCUUCUCAAAGGGUUCAACAAAUACGCCGCACAGCUCGACACAAAGACGGACUCCACAGGCACCCACUCCCUUUACACCACCUACCAGGGCUACGAGAUCAUGUUCCACGUUUCUACCAUGCUGCCGUACAUGCCCAACAACCCACAGCAGCUCCUGAGAAAGAGGCACAUUGGAAAUGACAUUGUCACCAUAAUCUUUCAAGAGCCGGGAGCUCUGCCUUUCACGCCUCAGAAUAUCCGCUCACACUUCCAGCACGUGUUUGUUAUUGUCCGUGUCCACAACCCCUGCUCCGACAACACCUGCUACAGCGCUGCUGUGACACGGAUGAAGGAUGUGCCUCCUUUUGGACCUCCCAUCCCCAGCGGAGUUACCUUCCGUGAUCCGGAAACCUUCCGGAACUUCCUCCUGGCCAAAGUCCUCAAUGCAGAGAGCGCAGCACACAAGUCGGAGAAGUUCCACACCAUGGCCACGCGAACGCGGCAGGAGUACCUGCGGGACCUGGCUGAAAACUACGUCAGCAGCACGCCACUCGAUUCCGCCGGAAAGCUCAACAACCUCAUCUCCCUGGCAUCCAAGAAGCGCGAGCGCUCAAAGGCCAGAGAGGGAGCGGAGCUGGGAGCGGCAGGGGCUGUCGCCUGGAGAGUCCUAGCCCAGGACUUCAGUGGAGGAGGGACAGAGCUGCCCUGUGCCCUGGGUAUGUCGGCCGAAUACAUCCUCCUCAUAGACUGCUCCACCAAAGAGGUGGUGUUUAACUGUUUCUGUGCGGACGUGAUCGGCUGGACUCCGGAGCGACUCGCACUAAAGAUCUUCUACGGCAGAGGAGACCACAUUGCAGUCCGAGUUCCAGAGGGCUGUGCGCUGGACAUCAGGGAGAUGGUGCAGAGGCUAAAGUCACUGACCGUGGGAUGUGAGACGGUGGAUAUGACCCUGAGACGAAACGGACUGGGACAGCUGGGCUUCCACGUUCGGCUGGACGGCACCGUGGCCGAGGUGGAAGAGUACGGCUUUGCGUGGCAGGCGGGGCUGAGGCAGGGCAGCCGCUUAGUGGAGAUCUGCAAGGUGGCCGCCGUGACGCUCACCCACGAGCAGAUGAUUGACCUCCUGCGGACGUCUGUCACCGUCAAAGUGGUCAUUAUUCCACCCUACGAAGAGGGCGGACCUCGAAGGGGCUGCACGGAGGAGAAUGAAAUGAAGACCAUGGAGCAGAAGCCUGAGCCGGAGCCUCUGGCAGCAGGAUACCGGCCCUCCCCUCGCCAAACGUGGCGAUGGGAAAGCUCGCCCAUUCCUACAGCCCUCCACAGUGCCCCAAACCCACAGCGAUGGGCCCCCAUGGGGCCUCCACCUGCUCCAAUGCUCCGCUCACACAAGACCCUGAUGCCAGUCCCCUACCGAGAGCCACAGCACCUCACCUCCAAGAGGCCGGUGAGUUACCCGGAGAACCACUACAGCCUGUCCCCUGCAGGAGGCGACAGAGUGCUGGCCUACCGAAACCCCUCUGCCAGCUUCUCCUCGCCCUCCUCAGGCCUGGUCGCCCUCUCCACGUUAGGGCCUCCUGGAAUAACAGGGGGCCCUUUCGUGCAUUACAAACCUCCCCCUGACAGAUUUGGUACAGCUCAGCGCCCCCUGGUGCCGUACGAACUCUUCAGCAUGGACAUCAUCUCUAGUGGUGAGGCUUCAUCCGGCUUCACCAGCCAGGAAAGCACGAUGGAGCGCACCAAGACAGAGCCCCUCUGGCAUGUCCCAGCAUCCUCGUCUCGGGGACCGGGGGGUGGAGGGGGACAGAGGAGACUAACCAGACAGGAUGUCCCAGGAAAAGACUCUCCAAACAGACACUCGAAGGGUGAGACUCAGUACUCCAGCCACUCCAGCAGCAACACCCUGUCCAGCAACGCCUCCAGCAACCACAGCGAGGAGCGCUGGUCGGACGGAGGGGCGGCGGCAGAGCGGGGAGGCGGCGGCUGCCUCGGCGACCCGGCGGACCCUGAACCCGACCUCCUCAACAAAGGGGGCUCCAACGACAGUGGCAUCGACGCGUCCACGCAUUACAACAACAGUCGCCACGGCAACAUGUCCAACAACCUGUCCCACAAGCCCAUGCACGGCUCUGCGACCUACAGCGGCAUCCAGGAGCUCUGCCUGGGCGGAGGCAGCGGCGGGGGGGAGGCCAGGAGACGAGAGUCUUCUCCCAUCCUGCCGCCUGCAGCCAAUCAGAACAAAGGAUACCGGACGAGAACGUUCCCUCCUCCUGGCUCCAGCGCUGAUAAAAUGGAUACAUUUAAACCCAGGGCCUACACGCCACAGGGCUACAAAACUCCAACGGCCGAGAAAGCCCGGCCCGUCCGGGCCUCCACGACAACACCGACUUCAGCUCAGAUGAGCUCCACCCCUUUGUCCAGCUCUGCCCCCAAGGCCUUCUACGGGAAGACGAGUAGACCGAGUGGCCGGCAUGCAGAAGACGCCAGCCCGUCACCUUCAAACACAAACACAGCCUCCAGCUCCGACAGCAACAGCAGCAAGAAACAGGUGGACACAAAUUCAAAGAACGUGUUUGGACAGCCUCGACUCAGAGCGUCCCUGAGAGACCUGCGCUCGCCGCGCCGAACGCACAAAAGCACCAUCGAAGACGACCUGAAGAAGCUGAUCAUCAUGGACAACCCCGGAGAGACGCCCCAGAGAGACCCGUCUCCCAGGCGUUCCCUGCAGCGCACCUUCUCAGACGAGUCGCUCUGCAGCGGGCGCAGAGAUGCCAGCUUCGCCUGCUCCGAGAACCAGUCCAACCCCACCGACGUGCUGUUCACCUGCACGCUGCCCACGCGCCGCCACGCUGUCUCCUCCAACCACACUCAGGGCAAGAAGAUGCCUCUGUCAGCCUCAGAGCUGUCCCUGACAGAAGUCCGAGACAAGGUUCCCCCUUUGAGGAGGCUGGACCCGGGGCUGAUGCCCCUCCCUGACACCGCCUAUGGGUUGGAGUGGUCAAGCCUGGUGAACGCCGCUAAAGCCUACGAAGCCCAAAGAGCAGUGUCCCUCUUCUCCCUGACGGAGCCCCAGGUGGGAGGCCCCGACGUGAGGCCAGUCAGCAGCCCGCUCCAUUUUCAAACUCCUCAGACGCCACGCACCACACCCACAUUCAGCGGUGAUGAGGUGCCCAACGACUUAUCGGGCCGGCUAAACCACCUGGAGGUAAUGCUGAAACAGCUUAACAACGACCUGGAGCGGGAGAAGCAGGAUAAAGUGGUUCUGCUGGCAGAGAUGGCCAACCUGAGACAGAACAACCAGCGCUUGCAGGAGGAGAGUCAGACGGCCAGUGAGCAGCUGCGCCAGUUCAGCGUGCUGUUUACCAGCCUCAACAAGACCGGGAGCGACCACGAGCCCCACUCUCUGACGCACAGGGGCAGCUCGCAGAGGGAGUGACGGGCAGCUGCUGAGGUCUGCAGGGAGUAAUGCCCAGCAGGGCAUUAAUAAGCUUUCAGUACCCAUGAUUCCUUGCACUCAGAGUGGCAGCAGGACACAAUAAUGUCACCUCCAUCAGCUUCCACUGGACUGCCUUAAACCUGGAUUUUUUUAAAAAGAAAUGCAACACUCCCAGAGAGUCUGAGUGGAGACCCCCACCACCACCCCCGCCCUGUGCUCUGAGCCUGUUUAUUUUUCUAAACUGUACGAGUUUGCUACUAUGCCAGGAGUGAACAGGAGACCCUGACUGUUUUAGAGAGCACUACUUCACCUGGAGAGGCCUAAUACUGUUCCUGCAGCCUAUCAGCCAAAAAGAAAACUCACUACAAACCGCAUCUCCCACAAUGCACUAAAAUUAAAGGAAGCUCUACAGACCUGCUGCUGGAGAUGUACAGUUCCCACCAUUUGAAAGAGCUUUUACCGGCUUUGUGUAAAAGAGAGUCGGUACAGAAGACAGGAGCGUGGCAGUUGUGUAGUGUUUGUGCUCAAGGUGUGUUUCUGUGUGCGACGUGCGUGAAAACAAAGUGACGAACAAAGCUGUUUACUGUAAAAUGGAACCUUUGGGCCACAAGUGUUUUUCUGUGGCCCUCGCGCGUGAAACAAGCCAUCGAGCGUCGAUCAGAGCGGAGAGAGCUCAUUUUUUAAUCCCCCCUGUUCCCAGCAGUGCCCUAUCAUCUCAGAUCCAACACGCUGGAUCCGUUUUUACUUUUACGUCUUAACAGAAAUUGUAAUUCUGAAAUUGUUGUGACAUUUUAAGCUUUGUUUUUAUUUUCCUCCUUUCUUUCUUUUGGAGCUUUGGAUGCGACGGCCGGUAGGCACCUUACUGCGUCACACUGAGGCUGCAGGUUUGUGAAUUAAUUUGUAAUUAUUUUAUUUUGAAAGAGCAAAGUGCUUCCUAAGAUAAGGCUUUCACCGCCUCCGUGAUGUACUUUAGGAAAACGUCACCUGCCUGACAUUAAAACCGCCACAAGCUUCGGCCACUUGCAGCUCCUUGCAAUCCCUGCUGGUUGCCAGGCAACACGCCCUUAGUUUGUGGCACCAAAUUUUGCAACCCUGUUUAGAUAGUUUGCUGUUGGAGGGACUCCAGUGACAGCUGAGCCUGCCAUUUGCACCGAGCUCCUCAUCGAACACAUUUCAUUCCUCAGAGAGUGGACCUAUUCCUGACCAGCGUGUGUUUACAGGGACCGUUUACUGGACACGACUUCAUUUGACCACAAACCCUCUUCAUAUCAGAACCAGGGUGUGUGUAUGUGUGUGUGAGAGGAGUUCUGUUUUCUGUCAUGAACCCACAUGAAAAUUACACGGUUUCUACAGCUGAAAUCCACCUUGUCUACUAAAGCUAUUUUUCCUACAGAAGUGCGCCUGGUUCAGAUCGGUACACCGGCUUUUCCUGUACCCUGAAAAAGAGGCUUUCCCUCUUUGAACUUUCCAACCCGCUCAGGUUCCUCCCUCAGACGCUGUUAAUGACACUACAUCACCAGAUGGGGAGGGGUGACGCUGCAGUCUAAAGGCGCAUCAUCAGCCGCUGAAGCCACUUUCAGCAUCCCUUUAAUGUUUUUCCGGAAAAGAUGAUGGAACUCGAAAUGCAAACGCUGUGACUGUUUGUUUUUUUAAACAAAUCUCCGCUAAACAUACCUUCUUUAAUUCAGACAAGAAAACAAGUGAUACUUUUUUUUUUUUUUUUUACUUUGUUGAAC